AUGAAGAAAUUAAUGCUAAUGAUUAUAAUAUUUCUUUUAAAUCGGAAAAGGCUCAAGGAGCUAGUACUUUAUUAGUGGAUGAAUCAUAUUCAAAUGGUAAAGAAGUAAUUUGUGAUGAAUCAAUUCCAAAGAUUAGCAAUCUGAAACCACCAUUACAACCUUCAUCUUCUUCAAUGUUUAAUAAUUCUAUAGAAUCACAAUCAACUUUAUUACAACAAUCUAUACCUUCAAUAGCUGAAUUUUUGCAGCAAAUAGAUAAAACAGAGAAAAUGGAAAAUUAUUAUUCUAAUAUUUUGAAAGGAUUUAAAAAAUAA